AUGUGCCUGGAAAUCUAUUUACGUAUUAUUUUGUUAUUUGACCCUCAUGGCUUCCAGAUUGUAAGGAAGAAUUUACGAAAUGGUGCAGCCAGAGAAGAAAAGCAAUUACAAGUUCUAUUGUCUGUUCUAUUUCUGGCUGGAAAAGAGACAAUGACCUCAACAUUUCAGGACCUCAACAUUUCUUAUUUGGUGGCCUUUCCAGAGAUUCAAAAGAAAUGCUGGAAUGAAAUAGACAUGGUGGUGGGGAACAAGGCAAUCUUGAAGUAUGAAGACAGAAAAAAGUUGCCCUACACCAACGCCGUCAUUCAUGAAAUCCAACGCGUUUCAAAUGCUGCUUCUUUUGCAAUUCCUCGUGCCCCCAUAAAAGAUGUGCAGCUUUUGGGAUAUAAAAUUCCCAAGGACACCAUGAUUUUGGUCAAUAUCCAGUCUGCCCAUCGUGAUGAAUCCCAGUGGAAGUUUCCCAGUGAGUUCAACCCCUCCAACUUCCUGAAUGAAGAGGGAGAGUUGAAGCCAGAAGCCUUUUUGUCAUUUUCAGCAUAA